GAAAAUUGUUCUGCUCUCGGACCAUUCAUGACGAACAUAUGGCGCAUUGCCCACAGCUGAUGAGGCGCACCGGCUGCAGAAGAAGACAGUUUCAUAACAAACCUCUGUGCGGUUUUGAAGGUAUUCACUCCCAGCUGCAUAAAUGCUGCGCUUGGUCGCGACUUCUCUGUGCCUCCAGUGCCGGCGCGUGCCAGUCCUGCCUCUGCCCGUCAGACCAUGUGGCACCACCGCCAGCCCAGCCGAGAACCAACAGACCGUGGACACUUUCUAUGAUCUGGCAGUGGACAUCCAGAAGGUUAGAAAACUCAAGGGCUGGGUUCUGCAUCAGCACCCAGCGUAUGCAAAGGAGGUAGCUCGCCUCUUGAGGGACAUGGGCGCUUCAGGGGCUGUCAUCGCCAACGUUUUAGUCGUGCACCCUGAGGCGGUCCUUUGCAACCCUGAGGAGAUGGAAGCUCAGAAAGAACUGUGGACAUCUGUGUGCACGAACAAGAAGGAGCUAGUCGGUAUUAUAGAAAAGUUCCCCGCUUCUUUCUUUACAUCAGCCAGCCACCACGAAAACCAGCGGAACAAUAUUGCGUACUUUCAUAGCUUGAAUCUCAACAAACGAAUCAUUACUAAACUCAUGGCGAGCGCACCUCAAAGCUUUAGUCGCCCAGUGGAGCAAAACCAAGUAAUGGUGGACACUUUGCAGCAGUCCUACAUAGACCUGGGAGGAGAGAAACACAAUAUGAAGAUCUGGUUGCAGAAACUACUCAGCCAAAACCCAUUUGUUCUGUUAAAAUCUCCUGACAUCUUGAGACAGAAUUUACUCUUCCUCAAAGACAAAGGCUUCACAACAGCAGAGCUCCUCCACCUGCUCUCCAAACUCAGGGGCUUUGUCACUGAACUCAACCCAGACAGCAUGAACCAAACUCUGCUUUACUCACAGGAAAUGAUGGCCUGCUCCGAGGAACAGCUCCGAGGGAUUGUCCUGAAAUGCCCCGCGCUUUUGUACUACCCCAAACACAUCCUGGCCGACCGGUUUGAAGGCCUGCUCAGAGCUGGAAUCAGUAUAUCUCAGAUCAUAGACACGCCCACUGUCCUGGAGCUGACCACACAAAUCGUCAACUACCGUCUACAGAAACUGAAGUCGCACGGUUACGACAUAAGGACAGGUUCACUGGACGUUCUCAAUGGGACGAAAAAGGACUUUGAGCAGAGUUAUGGCAAACUUAAGCUACGUGUGCAGAGGCCACUUUUUAACCCCGUUGCCCCUUUAAAAACAUUUGAUUGAAAAUAAUAAUAAUAUAUUGGCUAGGCCUGUCAUGAUAACAAAUUUUGAAGAGCGAUUUAUAUUGCUGAAGUUAGACUUAUCAAAACUAAAAUCAGUAAAUAAUUAUUGUGACAAGAUAAGUUUUGAGCUGUAGAGGCUUGAAUAAAUCAAUAUUUAUUUAUUUAUUACAGCUCAGGGCUUUUGAUUCUAUUGUACAUUUAAUAAUUGGUUUACUGGAAUUAUCCUGCUUUAUUUUUAUUGUGUCAGUGGCAUAAAGCAAUUUCAGUAUUAUCAUUUAUUGUUCUUUGUGUCUGCAACAAUAUACUGUGCUUUAGAAUUUAUUAUUUUGACCAGGCCUAGCUGAAGUAAAUAUAGACGAUAUACAGGGUGUCCCAAAAGUUUGAGAUCUUUUCGCAAGCCAAUAAUUUUAGAAAUAUCCUAAAAUUUUCACAGAAUGUAUAGAAAAAGAUCAAGAUUUUAUAUUUAAUGUUUUAUUUUUUGGGGAAGACCAAGGACACGCUGGAGGGACUUUCGGCUGGCCUGGGAACACCUUGAGGAAGUGUCCAGGGUGAAGGAAGUCUAGGACCUGGAAUCUGCCCCUGCAACCUAGUCCCGAAUAAGUGGAAGAAAAUGGAUGUACAGAUGGAUGUUUUAUUUUUGUUCUCUUUUCAGGUUGAGUCAUUUUGCUUCCACAUACGUAAUCCUUUAGUCCUGGAUAAGCAGUCUUCCUCUUUAAAGUUUUGGUACCAAGUCCAAAUUUGGUUGCCAGUUGGUGAAGUUUUUCCAAAUUUCGCGUUGAAGCCUGCACAGUCUUGGGUGAUUGUGUGCGAGCAGAUUCCAAGACACAAAAUAACUUCUCUUUGGAAGUGAACAACUCAUCCUGAAAACAGAACAAAAAUAAAACAUUAACUAUAAAAUCUUGAUCUGUUUCUCUACAUUCUGUGAAAAUAUGAAGUUAUUUCAACUAGAAUUGACAAAAUUAUUGGCCUGCGAAAUGAUGUAAAAUUUUUGGGACACCCUGUAUAUAAAACAUAUAAAUUAAAUAAACCAAACCAAGCAGAAUUAUCCCCCAAUAAACAUUCUAAAUGCAGCUAAAUGGUUAAAAAAACAUGAGCUGCAAUGCCAAUCUCUAGCAAUUAGAUUGUAUAGUUUUAAUUCAUUAUUCAAACUUCUACAGCCUAAACUUGUAUCAUAUUGCAGAAAGAAUAACCAAAAAUUCCCACUAGAACAAAGAAAACAGCACUCAUGAUAAAUACUGACCCCCAAAACUAUUCUAUUCCCAUCUGUAAUGUAUUGAAAGAUCGGUUGAUAUAGUAAUUGUCAUGACAGGCCUUAUAUUGGUGCUAUUAUUUAUUGUAAUUGUAUUAAAUGUUAACUUCUGCACACAAAGACACUAUGUAUUAGGUUGAUCCUUAACUUGAACUGUCAUCUCUCAAUUUACAGUUCAACCUAUUCCAAUGUGUGCACCACUUUAAUGUC